GGCGAGGGGAGCAGGCGGGCGGGCGGCGGGAGCCGGGCGCGCCGGGUCGCAGGCAUGGAGCUGUGGCGGCAGUGCGCGCACUGGCUCAUCCAAUGCCGGGUGCUGCCCCCCAGCCACCGGGUGACCUGGGAGGGGGCCCAGGUGUGCGAGCUGGCGCAGGCCCUGCGCGACGGCGUCCUGCUGUGCCAGCUGCUCAACAACCUGCAGCCCCAUGCCAUCAACCUGCGCGAGGUCAACCUACGCCCCCAGAUGUCUCAGUUCCUGUGCCUUAAGAACAUCCGGACUUUCCUGUCCACGUGCUGUGAGAAAUUUGGCCUCAAGAGGAGCGAGCUCUUCGAGGCCUUUGACCUUUUCGAUGUGCAGGAUUUUGGAAAGGUCAUCUACACCCUGUCUGCUCUAUCCUGGACCCCGAUUGCUCAGAACAAGGGGAUCAUGCCCUUCCCCACGGAGGAGGACACUGUGGGGGACGAGGGCAUCUACAACGGCCUCUCUGACCAGAUUGAUGACACGGCGGAGGAGGACGAGGACCUGUACGACUGCGUGGAGAACGAGGAGGCGGAGGGCGACGAGAUCUACGAGGACCUGAUGCGCUUGGAGCCCGCGCCCACGCCGCCCAAGAUGACCGAAUACGACAAGCGCUGCUGCUGCCUGCGCGAGAUCCAGCAGACGGAGGAGAAGUACACGGACACGCUGGGCUCCAUCCAGCAGCACUUCAUGAAGCCCCUCCAGCGGUUUCUCAAACCCCAAGACAUGGAGAUCAUCUUUGUCAACAUCGAGGAGCUGCUUCACGUACACACCCACUUCCUAAAGGAGAUGCACGAGACACUGGCCACCUCAAGAGCACCUACCUUGUACCAGGUUUUCAUCAAAUAUAAGGAGAGGUUCCUUGUCUAUGGCCGCUACUGCAGUCAGGUGGAGUCAGCCAGCAAGCACCUGGAGCAGGUGACCGCGGCCAGGGAGGACGUGCAGAUGAAGCUGGAGGAAUGUUCUCAGCGGGCCAACAACGGUCGCUUCACCCUGCGGGACCUGCUGAUGGUGCCCAUGCAGCGGGUGCUCAAGUACCACCUCCUCCUUCAGGAGCUGGUGAAGCACACCCAGGACCCCACCGAGAAGGACAACCUGCGGCUGGCCCUGGAUGCCAUGAGGGACCUGGCACAGUGUGUGAAUGAAGUCAAGAGGGACAACGAGACCCUGCGGCAGAUCACCAACUUCCAGCUGUCCAUUGAGAACCUGGACCAGUCCCUGGCUAACUACGGCCGGCCCAAGAUUGACGGGGAACUCAAGAUCACCUCGGUGGAAAGGCGCUCCAAGACCGACAGGUACGCCUUCCUGCUGGACAAAGCUCUGCUCCUCUGCAAACGCCGCGGUGAUUCCUACGACCUCAAGGCCUCCCUGAACCUGCACAGCUUCCAGGUUCGAGAUGACUCCUCGGGGGAGCGAGACAACAAAAAGUGGACCCACAUGUUUCUCCUGAUUGAGGAUCAAGGAGCCCAAGGCUAUGAGCUGUUCUUCAAGACUCGGGAACUGAAGAAGAAAUGGCUGGAGCAGUUUGAGAUGGCCAUCUCCAACAUCUACCCAGAGAAUGCCACUGCCAGCGGGCACGAUUUCCAGAUGUUCUCCUUCGAGGAGACCACUUCUUGCAAGGCCUGCCAGAUGCUGCUGAGGGGUACCUUCUAUCAGGGCUACCGCUGUCACCGGUGCCGGGCUCCGGCACACAAGGAAUGUCUGGGGCGGGUCCCUCCGUGUGGCCGCCAUGGGCAAGAUUUGGCUGGAACGAUGAAAAAAGACAAGCCACACCGCAGGGCACAGGACAAGAAGAGGCACGAGCUGAGCUUGCCUAAGAUGGAGGUGUUCCAGGAGUACUACGGCCUUCCUCCACCCCGAGCCUUCGGACCAUUUUUACGGCUUAACCUUGGUGAUAUUGUGGAGCUCACCAAGGCUGAGGCUGAGCAGAACUGGUGGGAGGGGAGGAAUACGGCCAGCAAUGAAGUGGGCUGGUUUCCCUGUAACCGGGUUAAACCCUACGUGCAUGGGCCCCCUCAGGACCUGACGGUGCAUCUCUGGUACGCUGGGCCCAUGGAGCGGGCAGGCGCCGAGGGCAUCCUCACCAAUCGCUCGGACGGGACCUACCUAGUGCGGCAGAGGGUGAAGGACUCGGCCGAGUUCGCCAUCAGCAUCAAGUACAAUGUGGAGGUCAAGCACAUUAAAAUCAUGACAUCAGAAGGACUGUACCGAAUCACCGAGAAGAAGGCUUUCCGGGGGGUUCCGGAACUGGUGGAAUUCUACCAGCAGAAUUCCCUCAAGGACUGCUUCAAGUCGCUGGACACCACCUUGCAGUUCCCCUACAAGGAACCGGAGAGGAGGGCCGUCAGCAAGGCGCCGGCUGGAAGCAUGAAGUAUUUUGGCACCGCCAAAGCCCGCUACGACUUCUGCGCCCGGGACCGGUCGGAGCUGUCCCUUAAGGAGGGCGAUGUCAUAAAGAUCCUGAGCAAGAAGGGGCAGCAGGGCUGGUGGCGAGGCGAGAUCUAUGGCCGGGUGGGUUGGUUUCCUUCUAAUUACGUGGAGGAAGAUUAUUCCGAAUACUGCUGAGCCCAGCUGUUCCUGUGACAGGAGAGACUGAGGGCUUGGAGCCCAGGACGUUGGGGGGCCCAGGGGCUGAGACAGGUUCCCCAGAGGGGACAGUCUGCAUGGACGGUGGAGGGCCAGUGCCCGUCCUGCUGGCAGGGGCUCCGGGCACCAUGCCGUGUACGGUUAAUUUAUCACACACUCAUUGCCUCUUGGGGCCUCUGAGAAGGGGGGCAGGGGCUCCCGCUUUAAUAAAAUGAUGGAUGUGGG